GUUUUUUUGAUCUCUGCUGGAGGGAAGCUGGUUGUUCUGCAGCUACAAGCCUGUUGCUCUCCUGUCGUUAUAAAUGGGGCCAUUGUUUGUGGGCAGUGGAUGUUUUCCUGGCAUGUUUGCUGAGAUGCUGCGGAUCUCGGGGCAGUGGGCACACAGUGCCCUGUGGGCAGUGCCUGGUGCAUGGGAAGCAGUGCCUGGUGCUGGCCUGGCAGCAUCCCCACGCGCUGAUGCCCCGGUUUCAUUGCACUGCAGCAGUGCUGCUGCAUUUGAUCUGCUUCAAUUGAGCUGCUUGUUUAUGAGCCGGUCUCUCUCCUCCAGAACAGUAAAUAUGAAGACAGAAAGAGGCAGAAGGAAUGCAGAUCCUGGGGAAGCAGCAGCUCAGUUCAGUCUGUCUCACAACCUUCCUACCCCCGCUGGCCCAUUAGCCCAAAAGCCAAACAUGAAUCAUGGGUUGUGGUUCCAUCUGGGAGCCAGCAGAGCCGGGGAUGGGGCAGCCAUGGCUGCCUCUGCUCCUCACAUCCCUGCUCAAACGGCUCACUGCAGCUCCUGGGGAGUUAGGAGAGCUGCAGAGCAAACAGAGGAGUGAGCUAGCGUGUGGAGAGAGGCUGGGGACAUGUUUGCCUUAGGGAAAUUCAGCAGAAAAGCUCUGACCCGAGCGCCGCAGAGGGUGGUGGCCUGGGAACCUGCUGCCCUUGCGCUCUUCCCUUUGCUCUCCUUUGGGUUCUCUGUGCUCAGGAGGCUCUGGGCUCUGCCCUGAGGCUGCCUGCAUGCUCCAUGGCCGGGCACUGCCAGCCCUACCAGGGGUCUGCCUCCAUCAAUGGGGAAUUCCUAAAAUCUGAUAGAGGAAUGCCCUUUGGAAACCUCUGAGUAACCGAAUGAAGACACGCAGCCUGAAGGCUGCGAGUAACCCAAGUGUAAACAAAAAGAAACUUCGUAGUUAUUUCCUUUCCUGUUUUAUGCUGAUUUAUUUUCCUGUGCCAAAUAUUUUGUUCUGAGCUCUGUUGUGGUUUUAUUUUUUUUUCCUCCUAUCAUUUGAUGAGACUUCUUGGCUUCUUCCCACCUGGGCACACUGCUGGCACCUGUUCAGCUGCUGCUGACCACCACCCCAGGUCCUUUCUUUCCGUGCAGCUCUCAGCUCUGCUCCACACCCACAGCAAUGCAUGGGGUUGUGAGUGGGGUGCAGGACCUGGCCCUUGGUCUGCUUGGAGUUCGUACAAUGGGCCUUUGAGAAGAAGCCCCACAUGGGCCCUACAACAGCAGCUGCCCGCUGCUACCAGAGCCAUAGCCAUGGCACAGGACAAGGGCUGAGGGCCCUCUCAUUCAGUCUGAUCCCAAAAAUGCUCUACAAAAUACAUGGGAAGCAUGGGACGUGCUAAAUCCCGGGUGGGAAGGGUCAGCAUCAUUCCCCAAUCUGCAGUGAGUUUAGUUCACAGGAAAUGUAGGUUUCUUCUCUGACAGCUCAAUGACAGCAGCAUUUGGAAGCUGACGCUGAGCAGAAUGGAAUGGUGGCUGUUCCCUCUCCCAAUGGAACAAGCAGCAAAAUCAUUCUGGGGCUUUGCAUUGACACAAACUAGCAUUACAUAUGCAUGGCAUGGUUUAAUUUAGCUCCUUGCUUGUCCAUGAGCAAUGAAGCAGCCCAAUCCCUCGCCUUGCCUGAGCAGAUCCAGAGGCUGCCACCCCAUCCCAGCAGCCCCCCAGCCCUGCACUGGGGCCACUCAGCCCCACAUAGGCCUGUAUUAACUUCUCCUUUGGUGCUAUAAAAAGCAGAGCAGCCUCAGGUGGCUCCGGCUGCUUCUAACAGCACUCCCCUUACACUCAGCAGUGCUGUAACCAUGGAGCCGGCUCACAGCUGAUGCAAUCUGACGUCUGCAUCCUUCCCCAGGAGGAACCCGCAGCUGAUGGUGCCCACAGCUUUGCAAAAAGAUGCUGUGGAAUGGGGGUUGUUGCCGGGGACAGCAUCUGUGGGUUGCACUGAGAUGUUCCUCCUGCGUGGGGCAUCCCGGCGUGGGGCUGCAUCCCAGCCUGGAUGGUAAGGCUGGGGGCAUGAAGGCUGCAGUGAGGUGGUCUCAGGGCCAAUGGAACGGUGUUAGACUGCAGUCCCAAAGCCCUUCCUCCACUCUGCGGGGUUUGUUUCUCAGAUUUAUGAUGCUGCUGUUGUGGUAGGGAGAGGAAAUGUAUCCGGGGAGAGAUGCUGCACUGCCUGCUUCCCUUUAGCAGAACUUUCUUGUGAUGUGGAUUACCAUAUUACCAUUAUAGGUGACUAGAGAUCGGACUUCCAUAGCCCCAGGGGAGGGUCAGGUUGGAUAUUGGGAAGCAUUUGUUCUCCAAAUGCUGUUGGAACAGCUGCCCAAGGAGCAGUGGGGUCACUGUCCCCAGAAGUGUCCAGAACUGCGGGGAUGUGGCACGGAGGGAUGUGGGCAUGGUGGGGUUGGGUUGGGGAUCUCAGAGCUCUUUUCCAACCUGAAUGGUCCUGUGAUUCUCAGACCUGGAGGAGGUCUCUCCCAUCCCCUCCCAUUCCACCACAUGUCUGCAGGGCAGAAUCCAGGGGCCCAUUGCAACUCCUGCUGUGUGUUGGGGGAGAGCCUGAGCACAGGGGUGGUGGGCUGUCAGUCGGGCAUCUUAAAGGUCUUCCCCAACCCUAACAUCAAUUCUGUGAUGUCUGAGUGUUUGCAGUAUUUAAAAACAGAAACUCUUUCCUUCAAGAGAUGGAGGGCCGGUGCGUGCAGCAGCAUUGUGUUGUGCACAGAGCUGGGCUGAGAACAGGAGAUGUUAUCACUGCCGACUCAGGGACCCCAUUGUCAGCAGGGGACGUUAAAUUUAGCAGCACUGGGAAAUGACACAGUGAGUCAGCGGUGGAGGGGAAGCAGAAAGAAUGAGGCAUGCAGAGAGCUGUGUGUCCUGGGAAAGCAAUGGGAUUAAGUCGUCCCCCGUACUGUUGUUGUUAUUAUUUCCUCUCUGAAACUUCAGGAUGGGGUAACGCCGUGAUGAUUAACCUGUGGGUGAUCGGAACCAGCAAACUCAAGGCAGUGUGCAUUCUAAAAGAGGAGUGCUGGCACUGGGAUCUGUCACUGUGGGGUUGCUGAGGGUAUUCCUCUGCCACUCUGCAGAGCUGUGUCACACUGAGGAGCAGUGCUCCUGUUGAUGUGCUGCAUUGGCCUGACGGGACACAAACCCCAUAGCCUGAAGGAUCCCCUGCAUGGUCCCCGAGCUUGUGGCUGGGGAGAUAAGGGCUGUGCACCCUGGGCUGCGGCCCUUUGAGUGCAUGGGGUGGGCGACGGGGGCCAGGCUGUGGAUAAAAUACCAUUUGGGUUCUGUUGGUUACUUCCUAGGAACUUAUUUUGCACCCGAAAAAGCUCUUAGAGCCCAGGAGCAGCUCUCUGGGGAAGCUGAUAUUGGAGGCGAGCCUCGCUUUGCAAUCACUCUCGGAGGUUGUGGCUCUGACAUCAGACACCGGGAUUUUUCCUGCCCUUGUGCAGCACUUGGGGCUAUUUUUACCCGGCGCUGCCAGUGGCUGCAGGAAGCCCUCAGCUUUCCUCUCCCGGUCCCGCUCUGCUGCCUGCCCACAGCUUUGACUUUAUUAGGGCAAGGCCUGCGCCCGCGGGGAGCAGCGAGCGGCGAUCCCGGUGCCACGGCCGAGGCGAGCGGAGAUGUGCCCACGGGGAGCAGCCGGGGAACGGGGCCAUGAGCGGGGCUGGUGAUGGAAUGGGUGACAUCAUCGGGCAGGCAUCCGCGCGGGAUGUGGAGGGGAAUUAUAAAAAGGCUCAGAAGAAUGAGCGUGAGUCCAUCAGGCAGAAGUUGGCUCUUGGCAGCUUCUUUGACGAUGGCCCAGGGCUCUACACCAGCUGCAGUAAGAGUGGCAAGCCCAGCCUGUCCUCCAGACUCCAGAGCGGGAUGAACCUGCAGAUCUGUUUUGUGAACGACAGUGGCAGUGAUAAGGACAGCGAUGCUGAUGACAGCAAGACAGAAACCAGCCUGGACACACCUUUGUCACCCAUGAGCAAGCAGAGCUCUUCCUACUCCGACAGAGACACGACCGAGGAGGAGUCCGAGUCCCUCGAUGACAUGGAUUUUCUCACCAGGCAAAAGAAACUCCAAGCUGAAGCCAAAAUGGCCUUGGCUAUGGCAAAGCCCAUGGCCAAAAUGCAGGUGGAGGUGGAGAAGCAGAACAGGAAGAAAUCUCCGGUGGCAGAUCUGCUGCCACAUAUGCCUCAUAUAAGCGAAUGCCUGAUGAAAAGGAACUUAAAACCUGCUGACCUAAGAGACAUGACUAUUGGGCAGCUACAAGUGAUAGUCAAUGAUCUCCACUCACAGAUAGAAAGCUUGAACGAGGAGCUGGUGCAGCUGCUGCUCAUCCGGGAUGAGCUGCACACGGAGCAGGAUGCGAUGCUGGUGGACAUUGAGGACCUGACCAGACAUGCCGAGAGCCAGCAGAAGCACAUGGCAGAGAAGAUGCCAGCAAAGUAACCCCAGAGUCUGUGGCAGCAGAGAUGGAGCUCGCCUGUCCCUCGCUUCUGUGUCUGUACACGUGCUGAUGUCCUCAGUGGCGCGCAGCAAAUCAGUGUUAGUCCUUGGUUGUGUCCGAAGCUUUAUGUCCGGUGAUUGGCCUCUGCUUCUUAAUUUAUUUUAAUUAUUUUUUUCUUUUUUUUACUCGUGCCACUCAAUAUCAGGCGUUUUAAUAAUAUUAUUACAGAAAAAAUGUACAGUACUUAUAACAUUAUAAAACAUGGCUGAGGAGAGAGGGCAGUUUAACUUUAUUUUUGUUUGCUUAGAGGUUUUACGUUGGACAAUAUUUUACCAUUGACUACUUUUUUAUUCUUCACUGUAGUUUUAAAUAAAGAGACUGUACUUGACGGUGCUAUACAAGUCCAAAAGACAUGCCUGCCUCGUAGUGACGUCGUAACCUUCGGUAAUAUGUACAUUUUAAUCAGUUUUCAACAUUUUGUGAAUGUUGACUACCUGACGUUCAUUUUUAGAUGUGCUAUUAACAUUCAGUUGGGUUCAAAGAGUUACCUGGAAAGUUUUAUGUAUAAAGAUGUAAAAUAAACAUUUAAAAACUUG